AAAGGACAUUUGACUGAUUAUUUUACAACUUGAAUGUAAAGAAAAUUACAUUGCUAUAAUUUUAUUUAUCUUUUUAACUAAAAUUGAAAACAAAUUUUGCGUUUCAAGAGAGAACAAACGUCAUUCUUUUGGUAUCUAUGACGCCAAUCUCCAGAAAUCUCCAGAUUGCGUUCCAGCGCCUCCAGUAAAACCUCUGGUAGAGCCUCCAGUCAAGAAUUUCUUCUGGAGGCGCUGGAACAGGCCCUUAGUUAGCUGCAGGAUGGGUACACUGAUGGCUCCAGCUCUGCUGACAGUAUGCACCUUCUGGUGCCUGCUGAGCACCUACAUUGUGUCAGCCAGCUCAGCCAGUUCCACUGGGAAACUCAAACAGGACAAGUACCAGCCACAGCAUCUAGAGAAGUUUGGUCUGCUGGAGACCGUGGCUCUGCUUGAUCAGCAAUUGGACCUGGAGGCCCAGCUGUGGUCUGGCCUGCUGGAUCCCAUGAUGGUGGCUCGGUACAUAGGCACAAAACAGCAUGAAGAUGUCAGACAGCACAUAAUACACACGCUGACCACCCUCGGCUGGACGGUGGACGAGGACCGGCCGUUUGAGAUGAAGACGCCGCGAGGAGCGAUGAACUUCACCAACGUGGUGGCCACGCACGACCCGUCGGCGCCGCGCCGGCUGGUGCUGGCCUGUCACUACGACUCCAUCUACGGACGGGACACGUUCAUCGCGGCCACCGAUUCUGCCGUGCCGUGCGCCAUGAUGCUCUACAUGGCCACGCUGAUUACAAAUCGCUACCUGGACCCUAUGAAGGGCCGGUCGGAGCUGACGCUGCAGUUGCUCUUCCUGGACGGUGAGGAGGCCAUUGUCCACUGGACCGACACCGACUCGAUAUACGGCGCGCGUCACCUGGCCUCGGAGCUGGCACAGAGUGUCUACCAGCGGACCGGGGACACCGUCAUCAACGACAUCGACCGCAUAGACUGUUUUGUGCUGCUGGACCUGCUGGGUGCCGCGCUGCCGUCCAUCAGUAACUACCAGCCGAGCUCUCGGGACGAGUUCCGACACCUGGUCUCGGCCGAAGAGCGGCUCGCCAAGGCCGGCCUGCUGCCCGACCUGCCGUCCGUGUUCCACUACCGGGACAGCUGGGGCGCCUGGGGAGCGCCGCGCAUCAGCGACGACCACCUGCCCUUCCUGCGGCGCGGUGUGAAGAUUCUCCACCUGAUACCGCACCCGUUCCCGAAGGUGUGGCACGACGACUCCGAUAACGGCUGGGCCAUUGAUUUCCCCACGGUGCAGCGCAUCAACCGGAUACUGCGUGUCUUCGUCGCGGAGUACCUGGGCGUCGCCACGUAUCUGUAGUCGAAACGCACCGGCCGCCGGCUGCGACGGUCUUCCUAUGGACGAUCCCUAACGCCUCUCCGUGACCAUCGGUGGCCUUCCCUGCCUCGAGAGCCAGCCAAUCAGAAGCCAAGCUGUCCGACGCGUCGGCGAAUCGGCGACGCCCGCUGUCGGUGCCUCAGUUUUCGGCCAAUCAGAAGUCCCGCCGUCCGCCGUGCCAGCGACUUUGUACCGCAGCCAAUGGAGUUUGCCUUCGUGUGGGUCUUUGUGAGUGUCAUGGUUGUCUCAGAUCAGUGUCAUUUUGUAACGAUAAGUUUUCUGUGAAAAAUCAUGCGACCUGUGUAAAAGACUAGUUAACUAGGUUGUGAUGCUACUUAAUUAUAGCGUAUAUAGCGUACUUAAUUAUAGCGUAUUUUGUGUGUGGUGAUAAUAUGUGAUAGUUUACUAUGCAAAGCUUAGGUGCUCAUCGUCGCAGUGUUUCUGGGUAACGCUAACUGGUUAUCGGUGAACGACGUGUGUAUGCUGCGUGGCAAUGCUCUGCUAGGAUGCAGCGUUAUGUACAACGCAUCUAACUAUGGCUCAAAAGAAAGGAUGCCUCAAAGGCCAGGCUCACCUCGUAAUAGUUUUGUAAUUGCAGAGAUAUCGAGAUAUCGACUGAGAUGUAAACGUUCAGGUAGAUGUUUCUAAAUUUUCUUAAAAGUCCGCCUAAAUUAGCAUGAAUGGCUCUGCCUUGCGCUCUAUUUAUCGCCUUCUCGUAUGCUGGCAAUAGCAGAGCUUUAUUUACGCAAAAUCCUAGCUAAAAUAAUAUUUUUUUCUUAGCGAAUGGAGUAUCCUCAUUUUCAUGACGUCAGAUUAUCGAACAAGGUUUUCUAUAUCGAAGUCAUGACUAGCAUAAGCAGUGUAAGCUGUUAAGAAAUAAUGACAUGUUUGCUUGGGUGUGAAGCUGUUCUUCAAGUGACCUGCAGUGUGGUUUCUCAUAGAAGUUGUGCAGUGGCUAGCUCAUAUCGCAAUUAACGGUUUUAUGAAGCUAUAGCUUGUCACUUUAAGCUAUGCAACGUUGCUGGCCUUCUAAAGCCGUUUGAUACAACUGCCUUUGUCGGCUUGUGUGGUGUAUGCUUCAAAAGCGAGUUAUUUCGCGGUGUGCAUGGUGUAAGUUAGGGGCAGGGCUGCGGAGUCGAUGGAUUUUCGGCGACUCCGACUCCGGCUUUAAAAAACCAGCUCCGACUCCGACUCCGACUCCGGGCAGAAUUGUCGACUCCGACCGACUCCAACUCCCGACUCCGACAGACUCCGCAGACCUAGCAGGGCUGCGGAGUCGACAGAUUUUCGGUGACUCCGACUCCGACUCCGGCUCGGGUUUCUAAAAUCGACUCCGACUCCGACUCCGGUCACAACUUCGACUCCGACCGACUCCGACUCCGACUCCGCAGCCCUGGUUAGGGGGCUUUAGUGUGUCCUUGUCACCCACUGCUGCCCAAAGCAAUUCGGCGAAUGCCUUCGCACGGAGUCGGCAGGAGAGCUGCAGACCGAAUCGAGCCGUUCUCUCGGCACACAGGGGUUCGUGCUGCUGCCUGUAUAGGGUUUGUCGCAUGCUACAGUGAAUUGUGCAAUGUGCAAGCUUGUGGUCACUCGAUCAUGCGUGUGCAGACGUAAAUAAGUAAGUGUUUCUACAUUUAAUAAAGCCAACAGUGUUGUAUAAACA